AGCAUCCUCUCUCACGCUGCAGCCCUUUUGAUAGAAAAAGCAAGCUCCAGCAUGAUUGAGCGGAAUCCGAGACUGGAAUUAAACCUCGAAAGUGGCAAUCCUCGUGCUUGUUUGUCCAUAUUGUAGAGGAUUGCUCUCUGCCGCAGAUAGUUCAACACUGGAGGUCAUAUCACAGGCAAUCGGCUCGAUAGUUGUGUUGUGUUGUGUUGAGUUGAGUUGAGUGUUUGUCGAUCACAACAGAACGGUAUGGAUGUAAAUUAUUCCAAAGCUGAGGCUGAGCUCGUGAAAGCAUCAUGGGAGAUGUUCAAGAAAGAUUCCAUAGGAAACGCUCUCAUCUUUUUUAAGAAAAUUUUCGAAGUGGCUCCCGAUAUGAGGGACUUGUUUCCAUUUACACAGGAUUAUACACUACCGCUCGAGAAGAACUAUAAAUUGAAGGCCCAUGCACUUCUCGUUUUCAAACUCACCGGAGAUGCAGCUGUACAACUCGGGGAGCAUGGAUCCAUUGAAUCUCUCCAUCCGAAGCUUAUAGAUCUGGGCAAGAAGCACCUUGGCUAUGGAGUUCUCCUUGAGCAUUUCGUGGUUGUAAGGACUGCUCUUCUGCACACGAUCGAAGGGGCGGUCCCAGCAGACUGGACGGCCGAGCAAAAGAACGCCACCACCCACGCCUGGUCUCGAGCGUAUGAUGAGCUCGUCGCCGUCAUGCAAGCGGAGAUGGACGCCACGAGAAAAGCAGCCGAAGCCGCUUGGAGGUCAGACUACUAGGAAACGCGCGCAAUUUCCCCCCCGCCGGACGUAAUAUCCAAGUCGUAUCGGAGAGAGGAGAGAGAUGUUAUGUCCGCGAGUCGUGCCUCGGAAACGACGACGGCGACGGCGACGGUGAAGGAAGACGGCCGUUUCUCGACGGCAGCUGCUUCUGGAGGUUUGAUGUCGAGAGCAAGUGAACGACGAGGAGGACUCGAACAUCCAGCAGCAUCGUACACAAGCUCAGAUCGAUGAUGGUCGGCACUGCAGAGAAGCGUCUUGGUAUGAGUGUUGUGCCCCGAUUGAGCUUUGAAGAUCGAGUAUUUGUUUCUAGAUUUCUAGACGCGGUGGCUUUUCCAGCGAGUGGUGAGAUGAGCACGGCAGACGCCAGCAAGUGCUCUGUACUUCUGUAAACAGGUUUUCGAUCGAUGAUUUCACUCUUCGAGAACCGCCCUACAUUUAUUACGUUGUGGUUGGAUCGAGUACAUAGACUUCUUCGGGAAGUUCUGUAGGGAAGUUCCUACGUAUGACGGUGUGUCUAAUCAGGAGUAAUUUUGUUUCCAUGUGUCUGAGAACAUUUCUUCACGUAGAGUACUACUCAUGGCUCCGUGGGAUUUUGAGGUUGAGCUGCGGUGGCAAUGUAAAGAAUUUCACACCUUAUCAAUUCUUGGAAUGGAUUAGAAAAAAUCCACAUAUUC